CUCCUAUCCGCUAGUCUCUCACUGACAUCCCUGUGCUGUAAAAUACAGACGUGAUUUGGCUCGCAGUGACCUUCACUCAAUCAGCCUUAUCCCAAGCGAUAGAACUCUUUGUACAAGUAUUGCACAGAGACACUAGGCAAUAUGCCCCCAUCGCCGCUCACCGUGCAAUAUAAAGAGAUCGAUGGUAGUAAGAUCGAUACCGAUAUCUACCUCCCACCACCAGCCGAAGCCAGCAAUGGACAAGCAAAGGGAUACCCUGUUUUAAUCGAUAUUCAUGGCGGCUCCUUCAUGCUGGGCCACUCUAAGAUGGUCUGCAUGCCGCAGGUGGACGACUGUCUGGCCCGCGGAUGGAUUGUGGUCAGCCCCAACCAUCGGCUCUGCCCGCAGGUGAACAUCCUGGAGGGCCCGAUGGCCGACUGCCGGGACCUCCUGGCCUGGAUCUACGACGGCCAUUUGGACGCGUUUCUUGCCGGGGAUUCCGCCGGCCAGCAGUACCGGGUUGACAUGGACCGGGUCAUGGCCUUCGGAACCUCGUCCGGCGGCACGUUGGCCUUGUCAUUGGGCUGGGACGUCCCCCGCAGAGUCGCCGCGAUCCUCGACUUCUACGCCCCAGCAUACUUCACCCACCCGUUCUGGACCCAGCCACUUCCCGAGGUCGCCAGCAAGCUGCCGCCUCUCGACCCAGCAUUCCUCAACAAGAUCUACGAGGAGAAGCCCAUCCCGACUAAUAGCUCGAUCUCCCUGGAGGGCCAGACGGAGGUAGGUGUCGUCCCAGGCCCGGACUUCAGCCGCCCGCGCGACGGCUUCGCGCUCACGCAGGUCGCCAACGGGACGGUCAUCCAGGCGUGCUAUCCCGGUCGGAACACGAGCGAGAUCGACCCGGUCCAUCACGUCGACGCGCAGUUCCCGCCAACUUGUAUCGUGCAUGGCGGCGCAGAUACAAAGGUCCUGAUCGAUGUGAGUCGGGAAUUGUUUCGCGUGCUGCAGGAGCAGGGGUUGGUCUGUGAGAUGAUCGAGGUGCCUGGGGAGGACCACACGUUUGCGAUGAGCAUGAAGGUGGGAUCUCCGACGUGGGAAUUGCAGAGGCGGGGAUUCGACUUUUUGGAGAGGGUUAUCGCUCAUCAGUGA